AGCAACAAACUUAAGCUCAAACUACAUACAAUCAUGCUUAUCUUUCAAGUUUUUGUACCGUUUAUUUUAUGGAUUUUACAUGGAGAUGCUGUACAUAUAAUUAAUGAUGUAAAUGAGGAUUCAACAAUUAAUGAAACUAAUGAAGAAAAUAUUUCUAACGCAAAACAUUUGGAACCAAUUGUAUCAAUUGAUCAUAAUCGGUUACCAAGGUUGGAUAACAGUUUUUAUAAGUUCCACGUAGAUCCACAAAUUUGGAAUGAUGCACGAAACAUUUGUAAUAGUGAAGGCGGUUAUUUAGUAAUACUGAAUUCAUAUGAAGAAUCCCAAUAUAUAACUGCUUUAUUAAACGGUCUAUAUCCAGAAUCAAGUAUACAGGAUCAAGGUGUAGAUAAAACUAUUGCUUACAUCGGAUUCCAUGACCUUUUCAAAACGGGGGAAUACGUUACAAUUGAUGGUUUGAACAUAGAAAGAUCAGGAUUUACUCAUUGGAGUCCUGGUGAACCAAGUGGCCCAGGUCGUGAAAAUUGUGGAUCAAUAAAACGAAAAGAUGGUCUCUUAAAUGACAUUUUUUGUGAUACAAAAGCAGUCUAUAUUUGUGAAAUACCGGUGCAUAAAUGAUGGAUGCAACUGGUAAAUGGCGCAAGUGGGUGAAACAAUGCUCGAAAUGGAAUAUUUGGAAUAAAA